AUGCUCAGCAGCAUCGCUACGCUGCCGCCCAAGGCAAUCCAAGAAUCCGUGAAGGGCCUGCUUAAAGAUGUGCUGGAAGACCAAUUCCGCAUUCCGCGAUCCCAGAUCCGCGUCGAACGUCUGCGCAGCAGCUCCAAUAGCCAUCUCUUCGCCAUAACACUCAACCUUGUCCAUCCUUUUACUAAACCAGCCGUUGCCAGAGAAGGCAACCUCAUGCCCUUUAGCAGGCCGAUACCGGUGGGCACAACACAGCUCGUCUUCCGCGUACCGAAGAGCGAAGCAAGCUAUGCGAUCAAACAUAUGAUUGCUGGUUAUGCAGUGGCCAGAGAUGCCUUGAAAGACAAGAAGCAUCUCGUCCCCGAAGUAUAUGCUUGGCGAGACAGCCCAACCAACCGCUGGGUUUUGGAGAGACACAUGGGUGGUAGCACAGUAACCGUUGAGGAGCUGGCUACAGACGAAGAUCGUAUCCGACCCCUGCUGCAUCAGCUGGCCGAUGUAGCAAAGCGCUUCCAAGAAUACGAACUUCCCGUCGGCCUGCGCAAAUUCGGCGGCGUUACAUUCGACAGCAAUAAUAUUUUAGCAGCCGCUCCGCUUGUCCACGGCGGCCCGUUUGAAACCCACCAACAAUUUAUUAAGGCGAAAUGCCGCUGGCGGCUCGAUGUUAGCGAAAAGGUGCGGCGCAUAAAAGGCUGGAGACAUAGCCCGGAGCUGCGCAAACGCAUUGACCUAUUUCUCGAUGAAGGCAUCGACAAGGUCUUGGACCAACUUCCAAAUUGCAAGCCAAUACUUGUUCACAGCAGCCUCACCAAAUUAGUCAUUGUGGAUGGGAACACGCUGCUGGGCAUUCUCGGAUUCGAUCAUGUCUUUCUCAGCUCGCCUAUUUCACAGCACAUGGCAUUCUUCACAAAUACAUAUGAGAAUUCGCGUGAUACGGGCAGAAAGCUGCAUAAUGAAACGUUCUCAAAUCUCUGGAACGACGCCCUUGGUGAUAUCGGAAUGACCAAGCCCCAAGAUAUCGAGGGUGCCGAACUUCUUGGCCAUGUCUGGCUAUUUGUACGGCAUAUUUGCCCCGAAGACCUCGGCGAUGGACAAUGGCUGGAGGAACAUGAAGCAAAGGCGCUUCGUGACAAGGCGGAAGCUAGAUUAGACGCCCAUUUGUCGCGAUGGGGAUAUUAA